AUGCAAGAAUUGUUCAGCCUGACACCAAGCACGUUUGCACGAGUACUCGGGCGCGCCGAGGACGCCUUGUGGCGAACGUUAAAGAGCAUCCCCGACGCAUCAAUCCGUUGGCCAUCGAAAUUCAAACAAGCGUACUGGGCGUCCAAGUCGAAUGCUCGGGAACCCCUCGUGCAUGGUGUUUUCGCGUUUGUUGAUGGAAAGAACUUGCGAGUACAAGAACCUUCGAAUGCUGACCUCCAAAAUGCGCACUACAAUGGGUGGCUGCAUUGUGUUUUCGUCACUGGUGUCGUGUGCUACGGACUCGGCGGCACGUUGAUUUGGGGGAGCCAUAACUGUCCCGGGUCGUGGAACGAUGGUGAGAUGAGCCGACGUCUACAGGACAUCUUGUCCGACGACUCGAAGGUUGGUCCUGGUAUAAUUAUCACUCCCCUGAAGGACGGAGACCUUGAGCGGCAGCCCCCAGAGUGCCGCCUAGCGCUACAAACGAUGAGCGAUUGUAUCACGUCCUUGCGACAAGCAGCAGAGUGGGGGAUGGGCUCGGCGACCAAGGUGUAUCGCCAAUUGUUGCUGCCACUUCCAUAA